CGCAAAUAUAAUAAAAUGAAUUAUACGUUUGACGUUAAUUCGCUAGCUCUCUUCUAUAAAUCCCAUCGUCACACUUCUCCUCUUCUCACUAAAACAUUUUCAAUUAAAAAACAACUUGAACACCAAAUUUUAUUUUCUCUUUCUUUCUUCGUUUCACAGUCUCAAGAAAUGGAAGGAAGACAAUAUUAUCCUCCAAGAGAAACCAUCGACGGAGGAAACAGAACCACCUUGGGAGGACCUCACUCGCUGUGGCAUUCACCGGUUCCUUAUCUUUUCGGUGGUUUAGCUGCCAUGGUUGGUCUCAUCGCCUUUGCUCUUGUAAUCCUCGGUUGCUCUUACUGGCGUCUCUCUGGUUACUUCGACGGUGAGGAAGACCAGAGCAGAGAUCUUGAAGCCGGAGAUGUGAAGCCUGAUAAACCGGCGAAGGCUGUAGCUUUGCCGGAGAAGUUUUUGGUGAUUAUGGCCGGAGAUGUGAACCCCACGUACUUGGCAACGCCGGCGGAAAAAAGCUGCACUUGUGAUGAGGAUGAAGACGAGGAGGGUGGUGAUGAUGACGUGAAGGGUAAUGAUCAGGUGGUGCGGCGAAAUAAUGAAAGCAACGGUGUGACACAUUGAGAAACAGAGUCUAUAAAGAGACAAAACAGUGGAUCGUCUAUUGUGAACAGUUCUUCAGACUGUUUGCAUCUGACCCAGUUAGAAAUCGGGUUUGGUCAGAGCUCUACAUGAUGAGCCUUAAUUGUAGUCUGACAUAUAAAGUGGCAAAAGAAUCAUGUAAAAAAAAUGGAAAUGAGUGUGGAUUUAACAAUGUUGUUUAAUCAAAUGUUAUUUAGGCUUUUUUGUUUUGAAAUUUUUACUUCAUAAGUUUUUGUUAUAAUAUGUUAUAAUAGAAAGAUCCGGAAAAUGUAUAUUUUUGAGAUUUUGA